AUGAAUGAGAAGAGGAAUUCAAAGCGUCAAAAAUCAUUCAAAAUGCCUGGAACUGACUUCAACGAUGCACAGAAUCUCGACGACGAAAUUCUUUUCCCUGUCGAAGAGAUUGCGCAAUACCCGUUGCCUGGAUAUGUGUCGCCGACUUCGAUAAGUUUUAGUCCGGACGAUAGUUUGAUUUCGUAUCUGUUUAGUCCGGAUAAUACGUUGAACAGGAAUAUUUUCACUUAUGAUUUGAAAGGUAAUAAACAAGAAUUGUUGUUCAGUCCCCCGGAUGGGGGGCUUGAUGAGAGUAAUAUUUCUCCGGAUGAGAAGUUGAGGAGGGAGAGGUUGAGGGAGCGGGGUUUAGGAGUGACACGAUAUGAAUGGGUGAAGACGAACUCGAAGAGGAAAGCAGUCAUGGUGCCAUUACCAGCUGGGAUUUAUUUCCACGAUAUUUCCCUUUCGAAAACAGAGCUUAAGCUUCCAAGUAUACCAGCGUCGCCCACUAUUGAUCCUCAUCUGUCUCCCGAUGGAUCUAAGCUUGCCUAUGUGAGAGACUUUGAGUUGCAUGUUAUGAAUCUCUUAUCUAAUGAAUCAAAGCAGUUGACCCAUGGCGCAAAGGAAAACGGUUUUAUUCACGGGCUUGCGGAAUAUAUAGCACAGGAGGAGAUGGAUAGAAAAACUGGAUAUUGGUGGUCACUGGAUAGUAAAUAUAUUGCAUUUACUGAAGUUAAUUAUUCUGAAAUACCGCUUUUUAGAAUUAUGCAUCAAGGUAAGAGCUCAGCUGGCCCAGAUGCACAGGAAGACCAUCCUUAUCCUUUUGCAGGAGCUUCAAAUGUUAAAGUACGCCUUGGGGUUGUUUCGGUAGCUGGAGGCUCCACCACUUGGAUGGAUCUUGACUGCGGGGGAGUGAAAGAACUGGACAACGAGGAUGAAUAUUUGGCAAGAGUUAAUUGGAUGCAUGGAAACAUUCUCACUGCUCAGAUCAUAAAUAGACACCAGACUAAAAUAAAGAUCGUUAAGUUUGAUAUUAGAACAGGGCUGAGGAGAGAUAUAUUGGUAGAAGAAAACAAAACCUGGAUCAACAUUCACGACUGUUUCACACCUCUUGAUAAAGGAGUUACCAAGUUUUCAGGUGGAUUUAUCUGGGCUAGUGAGAAAUCAGGAUUUAGACAUCUCUAUCUUCAUGAUGCAAAUGGGACUUGUUUAGGACCCAUCACUGAAGGUGAAUGGAUGGUUGAGCAAAUUGCCGGUGUGAAUGAGGCAACAAGUCUAAUAUAUUUCACUGGAACCUUAGAUAGUCCUCUUGAAUCCAACUUAUACUGUACUAAACUUUUCGUCGAUGGAACUCAACCACUUCAGGCCCCUACCAGACUUACACAUGGCAAGGGAAAGCACAUUGUAGUCCUUGAUCAUCAUAUGCAAACCUUUGUUGAUAUCCACGACUCUCUUAGUUGUCCGCCUAGGGUAUUACUUUGCUCAUUAGAGGAUGGAAGCAUAAUCAUGCCUUUGUAUGAGCAGCAAAUACCAGUUCCAAAAUUUAAAAAGCUUCAACUUGAGCCUCCAGAGAUUGUUGAAAUAGAGACCAGUGAUGGUACUAUCUUAUAUGGAGCUCUUUAUAAGCCCGACGUUUCAAGAUUUGGACCUCCGCCUUACAAAACCAUGAUCAAUGUUUACGGUGGUCCUAGUGUACAGCUUGUUUCUAACUCUUGGCAAAAUACUGUUGACCUGAGAGCGCAAUACUUGAGAAAUAAAGGCAUCUUAGUUUGGAAGUUAGACAAUAGAGGAACUUCUAGACGGGGGUUGAAGUUCGAAGGCUAUUUAAAGCACAAACUUGGACAAAUCGAUGCCGAUGAUCAGUUUUGUGGAGCAGAGUGGCUUAUCAAAGAAGGGCUUGCAGAAUUUGGACACAUUGGAUUGUACGGGUGGAGCUACGGCGGGUAUCUGUCUGCUAUGACACUGUCAAGGUAUCCUGACUUCUUCAAGUGUGCUAUAGCUGGUGCACCCACUACAUCGUGGGACGGAUAUGACACAUUCUAUACAGAGAAGUACAUGGGAUUGCCAUCUGAAAAUAAAUCAGCGUAUACAAGAGGUUCUGUGAUGAACCAUGUGCACAAGUUGAAAGGAAGGUUGUUGCUUGUGCAUGGCAUGAUUGACGAGAAUGUACAUUUUCGGCACACUGCAAGACUUAUCAAUGCACUUGUGGCAGCUGGAAAAAUUUAUGAGCUGAUCAUUUUCCCAGAUGAGCGCCACAUGCCUCGGCGAUAUAGCGACCGAGUUUAUAUGGAAGAAAGGAUGUGGGAAUUCAUAGACCGGAACCUUUGA